CAUGGCAACUUGAAAUGCUAUUAAUUGCAUAGCCUCGAGAUUCGUUUAAUCCAUGUCCAGCAAAGAUAUCGAACAUUGCCACCAGCGAAAAUGUGGGUGUCGUGUCGAGGACACGGAGUGGGGUGUAAUUCAGUCAUUUUCAAAUUUCAUUUAUUUCUUUUACGCUUUAGACUUUGCAUUUUUUUAACAAAGGAAAUUUUUUGCUUACCAAACGCCCAGUCACCCCCGUAACCUGAAGCCACACUUUCCUAAUUAGUGAAUAGCCUCAAACCACUCCAUUGAAUCUGAAAGUCUUCUCAAAUGCUCAAUUGUUUUGCUGUCUUUUUGAAAAUUUUGCUCUUUUAGCAUCACACAUUCUCACAAAUACAUGCAUAAGUGAUUAGUCCUUCCUUCUACCAAAUCCCAUUGAAGAACUGUUUUUUACUGUAUUUUGAAGCAUUUUGCUGAUGAACCAUAUGAUGGAGAGACAGAGAAGUUUCUCUUUCAAAUCCACAAGAUUCUUGGUGUUUUCUUUCACAUUAUCUUCUUCUUUUAUCUUCCUGGCUUCCUUGUUUACUUGGGUCAUCAAAUCCAACCCUUCCGUUCAUCAGGAAACCCAUUUUCAGUUCAACAAAUCAUUUCUUAUUUUGGGUGGUUAUAAACCCAUAACUGUAGGGAGCUUGAGUAGUUUCAGUAGUAAUGAUUUGGCAGGAACCGUAAAGCAUUCAACAGUGAAAGAUACCCCUUUUGCUAAGGCUGCAAAUGCAUCCGGGUCUGAUAAGUUUUCAGUUUCUAAGGAGAUCCAGAGACAAGAAAAUGAGAGUGAAGUGCUAGAAGAUGGUGAUAAUGAAACCGAGGAUCCUGAAACCGAGCAAGAGGAUGCACCUGGAUCUUUAAUAGAAGAUAUUGAAGUUGAAAGCAAUGAAUUAACUGAAGAGGAUGAGGUUAGAGCAAAUUCAGUUGACAAACUUGAGCUUCCAAGCGGUAAGGAACACAAAGAAGAGAAGAAGACAAGAGUAACUUCAGUUGAUAAAAAUGAAGUUCAAAGUAAUAGGAAAAUUGAGGAGAAGAAGGCAGAUAGCUGCGAUGUAACAAAAGGAAAGUGGGUUUAUGAUGAGAGCUAUCCUCUGUACACAAAUGGAUCGUGUCCUUUCAUUGAUGAAGGUUUUAACUGUGAUAGCAAUGGAAGGCGCGAUAGAAAUUACAUGAAGUGGAAAUGGCAACCACGUGAUUGUGAUUUUCCUAGGUUCAAUGCAGCAAAAAUGCUGGAUUUGAUCCGAGGGAAAAGACUGGUCUUUGUAGGAGAUUCAAUUAACAGAAACCAAUGGGAAUCCAUGCUUUGUAUGUUAAUGGGAGCCAUACGAGAUCCAAAGAAGGUCUAUGAAACUCAUGGGCGAAGAAUCACCAAAGAGAAGGGAAAUUAUAGUUUCAAAUUUGUGGAUUAUAAGUGUACGGUUGAAUACUAUGUCUCUCACUUUUUGGUUCACGAGAGCAAGGCAAGAAUAGGGCAAAAGCGGAAGCCCACUUUAAGAAUUGAUGCAAUUGAUCAUGGUUCAUCAAAAUGGAGAGGAGCUGAUAUUUUGGUCUUCAACACUGCACAUUGGUGGUCUCAUUACAAAACAAAAGCCGGGAUCAACUAUUAUCAGGAAGGAAGCCAAGUACAUCCUCGACUUGAUGUCUCUACUGCCUUUAGAAAAGCUUUAAUGACCUGGGCUGCAUGGGUUGAUAGACGCAUUAAUCCAGGCAGAACGCAAGUUUUCUUUCGAAAUUCAGCACCUUCUCAUUUCAGGGGAGGAGGGUGGAAUUCAGGUGGCCACUGUAUGGAAGCUGCUUGGCCCCUUAAUGACACUUCAGGCAUGGCAUACCCUGAGAAGAACAAAAUUGUGGAGGAGGUCAUUUUGCAGAUGAAAACUCCUGUAACAUUACUGAAUGUAACUUGUUUAUCAGCGUACAGAAUAGAUGGUCAUCCAUCAAUAUACGGGAAAAAACCAGGGAAUCGCAACUCGCAUAUUCAAGAUUGCAGCCAUUGGUGUCUUCCUGGUGUUCCGGAUACGUGGAAUGAGAUUUUGUAUUUCCAUUUGCAAUCCAAACAAAGGAGCAAGCAUCAAUCGAAAAGUCAAUCAUAAUCCUUGGCAUGUAUAUUCUCUCUAUUCUUUCAGUUUAUAAUCUCGUCUGAUAGCAUGCAAAAUGUAACAUUUUUGGGUCAUGUCUUCGAAAUGCAAUUGAUAAUGUUUGGAUGAGGAUCCCCCGUUUGCGAGUAAAAUUCAUAAAAUUAUAAAGCUUGCUUGCUUAGUUGGUUUUACAUGGCUUUUUGCUUAGUUGAAGAUGACCCAACUGCCGACCCUGGGAGCUUGGACUCGAUCUUUUUAAAAAGGUUAAUUAAAGAUUAUGGGAAUGAACAUCAUCAACAUUAAGGAAUGCCACAUUAACGUUGGCAAACAUAGUGGUUUCACAAUUACUUAAAAUCACUACUUCGAAAAGUAUUGUUACAAAUACAAUUGUAGAACUGCAACUUUUGAUACAUGAACAGGGGAUGGGGGGAUCGUUGAUAUGUUGGUUCAACUGUCAUGGUAAGACCAAAGAUAUCAAAAAGGGAAACAUUAAAGCAUACAUGAAAAAUGCAAAUAGCUAUCA